CCAACUGUCCAUCCGGAAGGAGGAGGCCCAUUUCAGCUUCUACUUUUGUUGCUAUGCAGGUUGUUGUCGGGGUGCCAGAUUUCCUACUCCGAGAGGCCCCGGGUCCCUCUGCCACAACUUCUGUCGCUCUGCCGCCUGCACCGUGACUAGCACUAUUCACGAGAGCCCUAGAGAGGACACCGGGACACCCGGAAGCCGGGAAAUGGAUUCAGUGGCCUUUGAGGAUGUGGCUGUGAGCUUCACCCAGGAGGAGUGGGCUUUGCUAGAUCCUUCCCAGAAGAAUCUCUACAGGGAUGUGAUGCAGGAAACCUUCAAGAACCUGACCUCUGUAGGAAAAACAUGGAAAGUUCAGAGCAUUGAAGAGUACAAAAAUCCCAGGAGAAAUCUAAGUCUUAUGAGAGAGAAACUCUGUGAAAGUAAAGAAAGUCAUCACUGUGGAGAAAGCUUCAACCAGAUUGCAGAUGACAUGCUGAACAAGAAAACUCUUCCUGGAGUAACACCAUGUGAAAGCAGUGUGUGUGGAGAAGUUGGCAUGGGUCAUUCAUCUCUUAAUAGGCAUAUCAGAGCUGACGCUGGACACAAGUCAUCUGAGUAUCAGGAAUAUGGAGAGAAUCCAUAUAGAAAUAAGGAAUGUAAGAAAGCCUUUAGUUACCUUGACUCCUUUCAAUCACAUGAUAAAGCUUGCAGUAAAGAGAAACCCUAUGAUGGUAAAGAAUGUGCAGAAACCUUCAUUUCCCAUUCAUGCAUUCAAAGACAGAGGGUAAUGCACAGUGGAGAUGGACCUUAUAAAUGUAAGUUUUGUGGGAAAGCCUUCUGUUUUCUCAAUUUAUGUCUUAUCCAUGAACGAAUUCACACUGGUGUGAAACCAUAUGAGUGUAAACAAUGUGGUAAGGCCUUUACUCGUUCCACUACCCUUCCAGUACAUGAAAGAACUCACACAGGAGUGAAAGCCAAUGAAUGUAAGGAAUGUGGGAAUGCAUUCAGUUUUCCUAGUGAAAUUCGUAGAUAUAAAAGGUCUCACACUGGAGAAAAACCCUAUGAGUGUAAGCAAUGUGGGAAAGUCUUCAUUUCUUUCAGUUCCAUUCAGUAUCAUAAGAUGACUCACACUGGAGAGAAACCCUAUGAAUGUAAGCAGUGUGGGAAAGCCUUUAGAUGUGGCUCACACCUUCAAAAGCAUGGAAGGACUCACACUGGAGAGAAACCCUAUGAAUGUAGGCAAUGUGGUAAAGCCUUCAGAUGUACCUCAGACCUUCAAAGGCAUGAAAAGACACACACUGGCGAUAAACCCUAUGGAUGUAAGCAGUGUGGUAAAGGCUUCAGAUGUGCUUCACAACUUCAAAUUCAUGAAAGGACGCACAGUGGAGAGAAACCCCAUGAAUGUAAGGAAUGUGGAAAAGUAUUCAAGUAUUUUUCUUCCUUGCGUAUACAUGAAAGGACGCACACUGGAGAGAAGCCCCAUGAAUGUAGGCAAUGUGGAAAAGCAUUCAGGUAUUUCUCUUCCUUGCAUAUACAUGAAAGGACACACACUGGAGAUAAGCCAUAUGAGUGUAAGGUAUGUGGCAAAGCCUUCACUUGUUCCAGUUCCAUUCGAUAUCAUGAAAGGACUCACACUGGAGAGAAACCCUAUGAAUGUAAGCACUGUGGUAAGGCAUUUAUUUCCAAUUACAUUCGAUAUCAUGAAAGGACUCACACUGGAGAGAAACCCUAUCAAUGCAAGCAAUGUGGCAAAGCCUUUAUUCGUGCCAGUUCAUGUCGAGAACAUGAAAGAACUCAUACCAUUAAUAUAUGAGAAAUCCUAUUAGUGGAAGAAAUGGGAGAAGCUUUCUGUUGUCCCACUUCCUUUGACACAUGAGAAAAGAGAGUGGUGAAAGAACCUCUGGAUAACUGCCUUUUGAAUUGAGAAGAGAGACCUGUGAUAGGACAAUAAAAUCUAGAAGGACUUGGAUGGUUCUGUAAUACAAUUCACCUAUAGCCAAUCUUGCAUAAGAUUUCAAAGGCACAGAAAAGGAAGACAUCAGUCACAUAUUAGAGGCAACACACAGGGAGAGAGGUGUGUGGCUACCCGCUUCCAGCCCAUUUUCCUGAUUCUUUGGCUUGUUAAUCGAGAGUAUCCCCCAAAUCACUUGUCUCUGUUCCUCAGAGUUGUAGGUCUCCAGAGAUGUCCCCAGGUGCUCCACAUUAAAGAUACAUGCCCACUUUGCUAUUUCUUCAGAAAUGUUAAAAUGUUUACCAAAGAACUAAUAAAUGUUGUUAUGGCUGGAAA